GCUAGCAGCAUUAGCAAGGUGCAAGCUAGCAUUUAGCUGGAAGACGGUAGUGUGGUCGUGUCUCGUGUGAAUGUUCAAGUAGUGGACGGAGCAGUGAUGUCUUCGGUCCAGUAUUUGAGAGAGUUCAUCAGCGAGCGACUAACAGCUGCUGCUGAGGAGAUAUUCACGGUCUUUGAAAAAACCAUCGUCCAGUACGAAGAAGAGGUCGAUCGUCAGCGCAGACUGCUGGAGACCGUUUUGAAACCUGAAAUAAAGCUGCACAGGAUCGAGCUCCCCCAGCAGCAUGUCUGUAAGGAGGAGGAGGUUCUCACUGACCAGCAGCUCUGUCCCCAGGAGAGGAACUCCAGUCUGGACCAAGAGGAACAAGAACCUCCACAGAUUAAAGAGGAACAGGAGGAAAUGUGCACCAGUCAGGAGGGAGAGCAUCUCGUACUGAAGCAGGAGACUGAAACCUGCAUGUUGACUCCUCAUUGUGAGGAGAGUGACCAUAGAGAACCAGAGGGUGAGCACCAGCUCCUCUCUCACAACUCUCCUUUAGCUGAGAGCCAAGAUCAGAACAGAAGAAGACAUAUGGAUUCAGUAUCAACAGCAAAUGAAGAACCAAACCCACUGAAGAGUUUUCAUGAAAACAAAAAUCACAGAAACAAUCUGGACACCUCUCCGAUGUCAAAGAUUUACUCUAACACUCACACAGGUAAAAAGUCUUUCAAAUGUGACAGUUGUGGAAAAACUUAUGUUCAUGAGUAUAAUUUGAAAGUUCAUCUGAGAACACAUACGGGUGAAAAAAAGUAUUUAUGUAAAAUAUGUAGGAAUAGCUUUGGACGUAGUGAUGAAUUGAAAGUCCACAUGAGAAUUCACACUGGUGAGAUGCCAUUUUCGUGCAAAAUAUGUCAGAAACAUUUUGUAAGUAGUAGUAAAUUGAAAAUCCAUGUUAGAAUUCACACUGGUGUGAAACCAUAUCCUUGCCAAACAUGUGGCAAAUGUUUUGUAAAUAAUGGUAAUUUGAAAGUCCAUUUGAGAACACACACUGGUGAAAAACCGUAUUUAUGCAAAAUAUGUCAGAAAAGGUUUGUGAAAAGGGGUGAUUUGAAAGUUCAUGUGAGAAUUCACACGGGUGAGAAGCCAUAUUCUUGCCAAAUAUGUGGGAAAAGGUUUGGACGUAGUGAUAAGUUGAGAGUCCACAUGAGAAUUCACACUGGUGAGAAGCCAUAUUGUUGCCAAACAUGUGGUAAAUGUUUUGUAAGUAGUAGUUCAUUGAAAGUCCACAUGAGAAUUCACACUGGUGAGAAGCCAUAUUGUUGCCUAACAUGUGGUAAAUGUUUUGUAAGUAGUAGUAAAUUGAAACUCCACAUGAGAAUUCACACUGGUGAGAAGCCAUUUUCGUGCUAAAUAUGUCAGAAAGGUUUUCUAAGGAUUUCUGAUUUGAAGGUUCACAUGAAAAUUCACACUGCUGAGAAGCCAUAUUCCUGCCAAACAUGUGGAUAAAGGUUUCGACUUCAUGAUAGAUUGAGAAUCAGUAUGCGGAUUCACACAGGUGAGAAAUCAUAUUCUUGUAAAGUAUGUCAGAAAUCUUUUCUGAAAAGUGGUAAUUUGAAAGUCCAUGUGAGGAGUCACACUGGUGAGAAGCCUUUUUUGUGCAAAAUAUGUCAGAAAGGUUUUGUAAUGAGUAGUGAUUUGAAGGUUCAUAUGACAAUUCACACUGGUGAGAAGCCAUAUUCUUGCUAAACGUGGGAAAAUGGUUGAGACGACGUGAUGAAUUGAGAAUCCAUAUGCUAAUUCACACAGGUGAAGAAAUAUUCUUGUAAAAUAUGUCAGAAAUGUUUUGUGAAAAGUGGUAAUUUGAUAGUCCACAUGAGAAUUCAUACUGGUGAGAAACCAUAUUCUUGCCAAACAUGUGGGAAAAGCUUUGGACGUCAUGAUGAAUUGAAAGUCCGCAUUAGAACUCAAAUUGAGAAGCCAUAUUGUUGCCAAACAUAUGGUAAAUGCUUUUUAGGUAGUGACAGUCUUAAAGUCCACAUGAGGAGUCACACAGGUGAGAAGCAAUUUUCUAACCGAAGAUGUGCAUUGAAUGUUCACAUGAGAACUCAGACUGGGGAGGAGCCUGCAACUCGUGAUAAAAGCCUCUCUUAGUUUACAGACAUGAAAAUUCAUUUAAACUUUUAUACAGGUAAACAUUUGUGUUUACAAAACACUGAUGUAUAUAAGUUUAGUAUUGUUGAAGAUGAUAAAUGAUCUGAGGCUGUCCAGCCAUCCUGCAACUACGGUCUUUUCACAAACAUGUCUUUUGAUUUAAUGUAUUUUUUUUCAUUCUUACAUCACAUUGAUAACGUUUUUACUUUUUCAGUCUGCAGAGGUGAAAAUGUAAUAUUUAAAUUAUUGUUGUAAUUAAAAUAUUUCUUUCACUA